UAUUCAGUUUUAAAAGUACUAAAUUGAAAAGUGUUUAGGGAUCAUCUAAACGAAAAAAAAAAAAGAAUAUUCAUAGUUUCACUGAAACAUAUUUUCACUGAAACAUAUUUUAUGCAGAAGACGGGAACGUUCGUAUAUAGCAAAUUGUUUAUUUACGAAACAUUUAAUUACUUUCACAGCCUGGAUUACUUUAUCAAGUCUGACAAUGGGCUGUACAUGUGAAAAGGUGUGGAGAAGAAAACAUUCAAAAGUUGGACAUGAAUCUGAAAGUAGUAGUAGUACUCCGCCAAGUAUGUCUGAUGCGCAGAAAGCAGUGAUAAGAAACAACUGGCAAACUUUAAAAUGUCACGUUGCGAAUAUUGGAGUUAUAACAUAUGUCAGCAUGUUUGAAAGCAGACCAGAGCUUUUAGAACUGUUCUCGAAGUUCAAGGAACAAAAUAUAAAUGAACUGCGGCGUGCCGGAUUGCUCAGGCAGCACGCAUUAAGAGUGAUGACCACCAUAGACAAAGUAAUUACGCGCCUUGACGAGCCUUCUAGUUUAAUAGUCAUGCUCAGGGAAGUUGGAGCACAUCAUAAGCUCUAUAAAGUGCCGCCGGAUUAUAUACAGAUAAUUUUGCCUCAUUUCCUCAGUGCAAUCAAACCUCAUAUAGAGGAGCAUUGGUGUGAUGAUCUAGAGACAGCCUGGAAAACUAUGUUUGCAAUUAUAAUAUUCCAUAUGAGUGAAGGUAUGACUCAGCCGGUACAUGGUCACAGACAAUUUAUUGCUGAUCCUUCAUCUUAAAUGGAUUUAUUGAAAUGUGUAAAUGAGUUGAUUGUGCAGUUUCACACAUAGUUGUAAAUAACAUACACUGGUAUAUACUGAUUAAAGGUGAUAAAUUACGUGAACAGGCCUUGGUACCAUGUGACGUUGCUGUUUUAGUGAAAUUGAACUUACUGUUGUCCAUAAAUUGUUAACUGAAUUUUAUUUUUCAUACAAAUGGACACAUUUGAAACGCUGUGUACAAAUGCCAAAACGUCUUACUCAGCCUUUUAGUAUUGGUUUCGGAAGUUUACAACCAUUUUGUCGAAACAAUGUAUGAUUAAUAUUAUAUGACAAUGCCAGCUGAUCAACAUAUGGUUGAAGUGUUCUUGUACAUGUAUAAAGCAAUGUGACCUGCUGGUUAGAAUCUAACGUUUCUGGAAAAUCGGUCUAGAGGAUAAAAGCACAUUGCUCUUUAUUAUACAAAAGACAUGCUGGACAAAACGCUUCUGUAAUAUUUCGGUUGGCUCAUUUCUUUUAGAAAACACCAAUAUUCAGUAUUAUUUAUAAACAAAGAAGAUAUGAAGUGAAAGUUUGUAAUAAAUGAAAAUCGCGCAUGCGUAUUACUAGUAUGUCUUUUUUGCGGCAUGUCAUAUGACGAAUUAUAGGGUUGAAGAUACAUGUAUUCUCGGUGAUUAUAAACGAGUCAAUAUGCACACUGUCUUAUAUCAGUAUUUGGUAAUAAUACGAUAAUUCUUAAUCUGUUUCAAUUAAACAUACAACUUA